AUGGCAGCGCGGCUGCUCGCACCACCAGGCCCUGAUAGUUUUAAACCCUUCACUCCGGAGUCUCUGGCCAACAUUGAGAAACACAUUGCAGAGCUGAAAAGGAAGCAGAAGCAAAAGCCAAAGCAAGACAGCAGCCACCGGGACGACGAUGAAGACAGCAAACCAAAACCAAACAGUGACCUUGAGGCAGGGAAGAAUUUGCCUUUCAUCUACGGGGACAUCCCAAAAGGCCUGGUUGCUGUUCCACUGGAGGACUUUGACCCUUAUUACAUGACCCAGAAAACCUUUGUAGUACUAAACAGAGGGAAAACACUCUUCCGAUUUAGUGCCACACCUGCCUUGUACAUUUUAAGUCCUUUUAAUCUGUUUAGAAGAAUAGCUAUUAAAAUUUUGAUACAUUCAGUAUUUAGCAUGAUCAUUAUGUGCACUAUUUUGACCAACUGUGUAUUCAUGACUUUUAGUAACCCACCCGAAUGGUCGAAGAAUGUGGAGUACACCUUCACUGGCAUUUACACAUUUGAAUCCCUGGUGAAAAUCAUUGCAAGAGGUUUUUGCAUAGAUGGCUUCACUUUCCUGCGGGAUCCCUGGAACUGGUUGGAUUUCAGCGUCAUCAUGAUGGCAUAUGUCACAGAGUUUGUGGACCUUGGGAAUGUCUCAGCAUUGAGAACUUUCAGAGUUCUCCGAGCUUUGAAAACUAUCUCUGUCAUUCCAGGCUUGAAGACCAUUGUGGGGGCUCUAAUUCAGUCUGUGAAGAAGCUGUCAGAUGUCAUGAUCUUGACAGUGUUUUGUCUCAGUGUCUUUGCUCUGAUUGGGCUGCAACUGUUCAUGGGCAAUUUGAGGAACAAGUGUGUGAUUUGGCCAAUUAACAUGAACGAGACUUUCCUGGACAACGGCUCGAGGGGCUUUGACUGGGAGGAAUACACCAACAAUAUGUCAAAUUUUUACAUCAUUCCUGGUGCCCCUGAUCCUUUGCUCUGUGGUAACAGCUCCGAUGCAGGUCAAUGUCCAGAGGGCUACACGUGCAUGAAGGCAGGACGGAACCCCAACUAUGGUUACACAAGCUUUGACACCUUCAGCUGGGCCUUUCUGGCUUUAUUUCGCCUUAUGACUCAGGACUUUUGGGAAAACUUGUAUCAAUUAACCUUACGAGCAGCAGGAAAAACCUACAUGAUCUUCUUUGUCUUAGUGAUCUUUGUGGGAUCAUUUUAUCUGGUUAAUCUCAUUUUGGCUGUGGUAGCCAUGGCUUAUGAAGAGCAGAACCAGGCCACCCUGGAGGAGGCAGAGCAGAAGGAGGCAGAAUUUAAGGCCAUGUUAGAACAAUUGAAAAAGCAGCAGGAAGAAGUACAGACUGCUGGCAUGGUCACCUCGGCAGGGACAGUCUCUGAAGAUGCUGUGGAAGAUGAUGGAGGGGGAAGGAUGUCUCGGAGCUCCUCAGAGAUCUCCAAACUCAGCUCCAAGAGUGCCAAGGAGCGGCGGAACCGCAGGAAGAAACGGAAGGACAAGGAACUGUCGGAAGGAGACGAGAAGUGUGACACUGAGAAGGUGUUCAAGUCUGAGUCUGAGGAUGGCAUGAGGAGGAAGGCAUUCCGGCUGCCAGACAACAGGCUGGGGAGGAAGUUUUCCAUCAUGAACCAGUCUCUCCUCAGCAUCCCAGGCUCCCCUUUCCUCUCCCGCCACAACAGCAAGAGCAGCAUCUUCAGCUACAAAGGGCGAUUCCGGGACCCGGGCUCAGAGAACGAGUUUGCAGACGACGAGCACAGCACGGUGGAGGAGAGUGAGGGCAGGAGAGAUUCCCUCUUCAUCCCCAUCCGGGGCCGCGACCGGCGCAGCGGCUACAGCGGCUACACCCGGCUCAGACCCGACACGCCGAUCUUCCCCACCCUGCGCCGCAGCCUCAAGAGGAACAGCACCGUGGAUUGUAACGGGGUGGUGUCCCUGAUCGGGGGGCCCCCCUCCAGCAUGCCCGGGGGGCGCCUCCUGCCCGAGGUGAGGCCGGGGUCGGGAAGGGGUGAUUCUGGCACAACAGAAAUUGAAAUUAGGAAGAAACCUGGUGGGUCUCUCCUGGUCUCCAUGGAUCAAGUGAACGCGUCCUACGGGAGAAAGGACCGAACCAACAGCGUGAUGACCGGGCUGACCAACACCCUGGUUGAGGAGCUGGAAGAGUCCCAGAGGAAGUGUCCCCCUUGCUGGUACAAGUUUGCCAACACAUUCUUGAUCUGGGAAUGCCACCCGUACUGGAUCAAGCUGAAGGAGAUUGUGAACUUAAUUGUCAUGGAUCCUUUUGUUGACUUGGCCAUCACCAUCUGCAUCGUGCUGAACACCUUGUUCAUGGCCAUGGAGCACCACCCCAUGACCCCAGAGUUUGAACACGUGCUCUCUGUGGGAAACCUGGUGUUCACUGGAAUUUUCACAGCAGAAAUGUUCCUGAAGCUCAUUGCCAUGGAUCCCUACUAUUAUUUCCAAGAAGGCUGGAACAUCUUUGAUGGGUUUAUUGUCUCCCUGAGUUUGAUGGAACUGAGUCUGGCAGAUGUGGAAGGACUUUCUGUGCUGAGAUCUUUCCGACUGCUGAGAGUCUUCAAACUGGCCAAGUCCUGGCCCACUCUGAACAUGCUGAUAAAAAUCAUCGGAAACUCAGUGGGUGCUCUGGGGAACUUGACCUUGGUGCUGGCCAUCAUCGUGUUCAUCUUUGCUGUGGUGGGGAUGCAGCUCUUUGGCAAAAGCUACAAGGAGUGUGUCUGCAAGAUCAAUCCGGAGUGUGAGCUGCCCCGCUGGCACAUGCACGAUUUCUUCCACUCCUUCCUUAUUGUCUUCCGUGUGUUGUGUGGGGAAUGGAUUGAGACCAUGUGGGAUUGUAUGGAAGUGGCAGGACAGGCCAUGUGCUUGAUUGUCUUCAUGAUGGUCAUGGUCAUCGGAAAUUUGGUGGUGCUGAACCUGUUCCUGGCCUUGCUGCUGAGCUCCUUCAGCGCCGACAACUUGGCGGCCACGGACGACGACGGGGAGAUGAACAACCUGCAGAUCUCGGUGAUCCGCAUCAAGAAGGGCAUCGCCUGGACCAAGGCCAAGGUGAGGGAGUUCAUGCAGGCCCACUUUAAGCAGAGGGAGGCAGACGAGGUCAAGCCCUUGGACGAGCUGUAUGACAAGAAGGUGAACUGCAUCGCCAACCACACCGGGGCCGACAUCAACAGGGACAUUGAUUAUCAGAAGAACGGCAACGGCACCACGAGCGGCAUCGGCAGCAGCGUGGAGAAGUACAUCAUAGAUGAAGACCACAUGUCCUUCAUCAACAACCCCAACCUCACUGUCCGGGUGCCUAUUGCUGUGGGGGAGUCAGAUUUUGAGAACCUCAACACGGAAGAUUUCAGCAGUGACACAGACCCCGAUGGCAGCAAAGAGAAACUUGAUGAUACCAGCUCCUCUGAAGGCAGCACCAUUGAUAUAAAGCCUGAAGUGGAAGAAGUCCCUGUGGAGGCACCAGAGGAGUAUCUGGACCCAGAUGCCUGCUUCACAGAAGGUUGUGUGCAGCGCUGCAAGUGUUGCCAGGUCAACAUUGAGGAGGGGCUGGGGAAGUCCUGGUGGACCUUGAGGAAGACUUGUUUUCUGAUCGUGGAACACAAUUGGUUUGAGACUUUCAUCAUCUUCAUGAUCCUCCUGAGCAGUGGGGCCCUGGCUUUUGAGGACAUUUACAUAGAACAGAAAAAAACCAUCCGGACCAUCCUGGAAUAUGCAGACAAGGUCUUCACUUACAUUUUCAUCCUGGAGAUGCUGCUGAAGUGGUGUGCUUAUGGCUUUGUCAAGUUCUUCACCAACGCCUGGUGCUGGUUGGACUUCCUCAUCGUGGCUGUCUCAUUAGUCAGCCUUAUAGCUAAUGCCCUGGGCUACUCGGAACUAGGUGCCAUAAAGUCCCUUAGGACACUAAGAGCUUUGAGGCCUUUAAGAGCGUUGUCCCGAUUUGAGGGGAUGAGGGUGGUUGUCAACGCCUUGGUUGGGGCAAUCCCUUCCAUUAUGAAUGUCUUGUUGGUCUGCCUUAUCUUCUGGCUGAUUUUCAGCAUUAUGGGGGUUAACCUGUUUGCUGGGAAAUACCAUUACUGCUUUAAUGAAACAGCUGAGGAGCGUUUUGAGAUAGACAUUGUGAACAACAAGACAGACUGUGAAGCUCUGAUGCCACCCAACUCCACCGAGAUCCGCUGGAAGAACGUGAAGAUUAACUUUGACAACGUUGGGGCAGGAUACCUGGCUCUUCUGCAGGUUGCUACUUUCAAGGGCUGGAUGGACAUCAUGUAUGCAGCAGUGGACUCCAGAAAGCAAGAAGAGCAGCCCAAGUAUGAGGACAACAUUUACAUGUACAUCUACUUUGUGAUCUUCAUCAUCUUCGGCUCCUUUUUCACCCUCAACUUGUUCAUUGGUGUCAUCAUUGACAACUUCAAUCAACAGAAGAAAAAGUUUGGAGGUCAAGAUAUUUUUAUGACAGAAGAACAAAAGAAGUACUAUAAUGCCAUGAAAAAACUGGGCUCAAAGAAGCCUCAAAAACCUAUUCCCCGACCUCUGAACCGCAUCCAAGGAGCUGUCUUUGACUUUGUCACUCAGCAAGCGUUUGACAUUGUCAUCAUGAUGCUCAUUUGCCUCAACAUGGUGACCAUGAUGGUGGAGACGGACACCCAAAGCAAGAAGAUGGAGGACAUCCUUUACUGGAUCAACUUUGUGUUUGUCAUCUUCUUCACCUGUGAGUGUGUGCUGAAGAUGUUCGCCUUACGGCACUAUUAUUUCACCAUCGGGUGGAACAUUUUUGACUUCGUGGUUGUGAUUCUGUCCAUCGUGGGAAUGUUCCUGGCUGAAAUCAUUGAGAAGUACUUUGUGUCACCCACUCUGUUCCGAGUCAUCCGCCUGGCGCGCAUCGGCCGCAUCCUGCGCCUGAUCAAAGGGGCCAAAGGGAUCCGCACGCUGCUCUUUGCCUUAAUGAUGUCCCUGCCUGCCUUGUUCAACAUCGGCCUCCUGCUCUUCCUGGUCAUGUUCAUCUUCUCCAUCUUUGGCAUGUCCAACUUUGCCUACGUCAAGCACGAGGCCGGCAUCGAUGACAUGUUCAACUUUGAGACCUUUGGCAACAGCAUGAUCUGCCUGUUCCAGAUCACCACGUCGGCGGGGUGGGAUGGGCUGCUCCUGCCCAUCCUCAACCGGCCCCCGGACUGUGACCUGGAGAAGGAGCACCCCGGGAGUGGCUUUAAGGGGGAUUGUGGGAACCCUUCGGUGGGGAUAUUUUUCUUUGUCAGCUACAUCAUCAUCUCCUUCCUGAUCGUGGUCAACAUGUACAUUGCCAUCAUCCUGGAGAACUUCAGCGUGGCCACGGAGGAGAGCGCCGACCCGCUGAGCGAGGACGACUUCGAGACCUUCUAUGAGAUCUGGGAGAAGUUUGACCCUGAUGCCACCCAGUUCAUCGAGUACAGCAAGCUGGCAGACUUUGCUGAUGCUUUGGAACAUCCUCUCCGCGUCCCGAAACCCAACACCAUCGAACUCAUCGCCAUGGACCUGCCUAUGGUCAGUGGAGACAGGAUCCACUGUUUAGACAUCCUGUUUGCCUUCACCAAACGUGUCCUGGGGGACAGCGGAGAGCUGGAUAUACUGAGGCAACAGAUGGAGGAAAGAUUUGUGGCAUCCAACCCUUCCAAAGUGUCUUAUGAGCCCAUCACGACCACCCUGCGGCGCAAGCAGGAGGAGGUGUCGGCCGUGGUGAUCCAGAGGGCUUACAGGGCUCGUCUGGCACGACGGGGCUUCAUCAGCCGCAGGCCCGUGGCCACCAAGCUGGAGAAUGGAGGAGCCAACAGGGAGAAAAAAGAAGGGACCCCCUCGACAGCCUCCCUGCCCUCCUAUGACAGUGUCACCAAACCCGAGAAGGAGAAACAGCAACGGGCAGAGGAAGGGAAACGGGAACGAGCCAAAAGGCAAAAAGAGGUCAGGGAAUCCAAGUGUUGA